UAAGGUCUUAUAUAGAACUCAAUGGCCAUAUCACUGAGCCAUAUCAGUUUCCAUAGGUAUUUUCGUUGGCAAAUCAAGCAAAUUAUCAACCAAACGUAAAUUUAGCGAGCAUUGAAUUUCUAUGACUUGAACUUGAUGCAAAUAGCAUUAAUACAUUUAUCACUAUGUCAAGGCCAUGCUCAUUGUUGAAACUUCCGAUGGGCAUUUCCUGAUUAGACAGUUGACUAUUGUCUUGUUGUUGCAGUUUCAUAUAAUUUAGCGAUGUCAAAUCCUUUGUAGCGUCGUUGAAGAUAAUAGAACGAAUCACCAAUAUAUAUUUUGCAUCUGUGUUUGUUUCUUGAUUGGGAUCACUAGAUCACUCGAUGAUUAUUCAGCCACAAAAGCAUGGCAAAAAGUGGUACUGUAUUCAAUGAUCCAAUACAUGGUUAUAUUGAACUGGAACCACUCUUGGUCAAGGUUAUACACACACCACAGUUUCAACGGAUGAAAGAUAUCAAGCAGCUUGGAGCAUCAUACUGGGUUUAUCCUGGUGCUUCACAUAAUCGUUUUGAACAUUCACUUGGCACAGCCCAUCUAGCUGGUAAAAUGAUUGAGAUCCUCAGGCUGAAACAUGAGAAUGAAUUUGAAAUUUCUGAUAAUGAAGUUUUAUGUGUCAAAUUGGCUGCACUCUGUCAUGAUUUAGGUCAUGGUCCUUUUUCCCAUGUUUUUGAUCAUCAAAUGAAAAGAAAAUUAAUCGAGUGGCACAUGCAGAAAGAACACGAGUUGAUGAAAUUAUUCAAAAAGACAAAAAGUGAUAAAGAAGCCAUCAACUAUCAUCGUGAGCAUGUUUCCAAAUUAUCAAACUGGAGCCAUGAAGACGCAUCGUGUGAAAUGUUUGAUUAUUUAGUGGAAACAAACCCUAAUGUAAAAAAAGCGUUUGAAGAUAAAAAAUUGAGCAAGAUUGAUCUAGAAUUUGUUAAAGAGUUAAUUAAAGGUAAGAAACCUGACGUAGACAUUGUCAAACAGACAGUGACCAUCAAUGGUGUCGAAUAUAAAAAGUCGUUUCUUUUUGAAAUUGUCGCGAACAAGCGCAACGGUAUUGAUUGUGACAAAUUCGAUUACUUUGCUCGUGAUUGUCACAAUCUUGGUGUGAAAAGUAAUUUCGAUCAUUUAAGAUAUUUUCAAAACGUCCAUAUUUUCCCAGUUGACGGCGAAUUACAGUUGUGUGUUCGCGACAAGCUUGUUUUUAACAUUUACGAGAUGUUUCACACGAGAUGGUCGCUACAUCAUCGUGUUUAUCAACAUAAAACGAUCAAAGCGAUCGAAGACAUGAUUACUGAUGCUUUCGUCAUAGUCAAUGACAAAUACAAAUUCUCGGAGGCGAUUUCUAAUAUGGAGGAGUAUUCGAAGCUUACUGACUGUUUAUUUUAUGAAAUUAUUCGUUGUAAAGACGAUGAUGAGAAUGUAAGAAAUGCCAAAAAAAUUCUUGAAAAAAUACAGCGUCGAGAAUUGUAUAAAUUUUGUGGUGAAACACAACUGAAGGAAAGAUUAAAAAUUGAUGCCACGGAAGCUGCUGAAGAAAUAGCUUCGUUUGAUGACGACUUGAACGCCAACGAGUUGUUUGUAAGUGUUAUCGAAAUCGAUUUCGGUAAGAAGGAUGAAGAUCCUGUCGAAUCUGUUGUAUUUUUCAACAAAGACGAAAAACCUUUACAAAUUCGUAAAAAUAUCGUCAGUGGAAUGCUACCGUCAAAGUUUUCCGAGCGGUUCGUUCGUGUUUAUGGAAAAGCACUCAAGGAAACUAACGUUGCAUCUUCUCCUAACAGUAAAGAGAUUGAAGACACAAUUGUGAGGUGCUUUCAAAAAUGGUGCCAGAAGCAUAAAUGUGCCUAUGCUGAUGAGCUUUCUGGUGACAAAACUGGUUAUUUUACCCCAGCGAAAGGGAGGAAACGAGUCACACUCGAAGAUCAAAACAACGAGGUCAAAACGGCCAAGAGGAAACUUUAUAAUGACACUGAAUUGAAAUGAAUUAACUGCAUGGCAAAAAGGCAUUUCUGAGUUAGUCAGCAGUUUACUUUUUAUAGAACUCGUAUUUUUAGGAAAAGGGUUGCGUAUUACAAAGAUACGUACUUCGUCAGUCCUAGCACGAUUAUUGAUAAAAUAAAUGUCCUUGCGUAAGUGUGUCAAAUUGACAGAAACAUCUAUGAUAGUGGCAUUUAACUGUUCUCCCAACGAACUGAUAUCGACAUGCUGUCAUCUUUGGUAUUGAAUUUAUUUUAAACAGUACUUUAAUUUUGUGCAGAUUAUUUCAAAUGACUUUUAUGAAAAUUAAUAUUUAUAAUGCGAUAAUUAAGUUACACAUCUAAUGUUUAUGAAUUUCAAUUUGGAAUCUACACAUGGAAUGAAAUCAAUUCAUCCACAAUUUAUGGAAGCCUUUUAUACCAUAAACUUCAUACACUAAUUGUCUUUUUUACCUUUUUAUGAUGGCUAAAUUGGUUUAUUAAUAAAAAUAUAAUCAUCUA